AAAUUGGGAUGAAAUCGACGGUUACUAGUGGAUAAUCAGUACCCAAACCGCGUGAUGAGUACCAAGAUUUUCUGGGUUCUUUGCUAUGGAGAAGCAAGGGGAAUAGAUGGAGUGGUAGAAAGAGGAAGAAAUAGGAAGGAGAAGGAAGGGAGGAAAAGCAGUGGGCUAACAGUGGUGGCGGUGGCUGUGGCGGUGCCGGAGAAGAUAAAGAAAGAUAAAGAAUAAAAGAAGGGAGAAGGGAUCGAGUUACAGGAGACAGGAGGACAGGAGAAAGGCUAGGGAUGAAAGAAGGUACGGGGAGGGUUAAAUGUGUAAUUUACUGAUAAUUUAUUUUAUUAUUUAUUCAAGCUAUUAAUUGUUCAUAUUAUUUAGCUUUAUCAUUUUAAUUCACGUAAGUAAAAUUUUUUUUUUAUU